GAGAGAGAGAGAGAGAGAGAAGAGAGAGAGAGAGAGAGAGAGAGAAGGAGAGGAGAUUGGGGGAAAAAAAGUUGACGCUGGGACUUCGAGAAGGUGGAUUUUUCUCUCCUCCCCCUUCCCCAACGCCAAUCCACCCCCUGGGUUAUUUUUCCUCCCUUGUAGGCCACUUGUUGCAGAUUCCCGUGGAAGGCGCUGGGAGUGUGACAGCCGCUUUGGCGAGAAGUGGUGCUUUCCUUCUACUUCUUUUUUUAUUUUUUAUUUUUUUCCAUUUGCUCUGGGAAGUUGCUUCACGAGUUUGUCCUGGGCCGUUUUCUUCUUCCUUGUCUGGACUCGCUCUUUUUUACCCCCCUGCACCGUCCCCUCGUCUCCUGUGCCCCCGCCACGCCUGCCUCGCCCCAGGCGAAGAAGAGAAGAGACUCAACUCUGGGAGAAGGGUGUUUGUGGCUGAAGGAGGCGAAAGGGGGCGGGUGGGCCUCGGGGAGGUGGUGGUGCGGAAAAGCCCAGAAAGAGAGGAGAGUGCCAAAGGGAACGAGUGAGCCGAGGAGCGGAGGAGGACUGAGACACACGGGGCGAGUGAGAGCGCUCGGGCGCUGGGACUUGGACUUGGCGGCUCAGCUGGGCUCAGCUCGACUCGGCUCGGCCGGAGGGCCGGAGGAAGGGUGGGGGGGAAGCGGGCGAAGGGGGGGCCGGGGGCGAACGGCGAGCGAAGCAGCACCGGGCUGAGGCCAUGCAGGCGCGCUACUCCGUGUCCAGCCCCAACUCCCUGGGAGUGGUGCCUUAUCUCGGCGGGGAGCAGAGCUACUACCGGGCGGCCGCGGCCGCCGCCGGGGGCGGCUACACGGCCAUGCCGGCCCCCAUGAGUAUGUACUCUCAUCCGGCCCAUGAGCAGUACCCCGGCGGCAUGGCCCGCGCCUACGGGCCUUACACGCCCCAGCCUCAACCCAAGGACAUGGUGAAGCCCCCGUACAGCUAUAUCGCUCUCAUCACCAUGGCCAUUCAGAACGCCCCAGACAAGAAGAUUACUCUGAACGGCAUCUACCAGUUCAUCAUGGACCGCUUUCCCUUCUACCGGGACAACAAGCAGGGCUGGCAGAACAGCAUCCGGCACAACCUCUCGCUCAACGAGUGCUUCGUCAAGGUGCCCCGGGACGACAAGAAGCCCGGCAAAGGCAGCUACUGGACCCUCGACCCGGACUCUUACAACAUGUUCGAGAACGGGAGCUUUCUUCGCAGGCGGCGGCGCUUCAAGAAGAAAGAUGCGGUCAAAGACAAGGAGGAGAAGGACCGUCUACACCUCAAGGAGCAGUCGCAGCAGCAGUCCCACCAUCAGCCCCCUCCCCGACAGCAGCAGCAGCAACAGCAGCAGCAACAGCAGCAGCAGCAAUCAGAGCAAGCCGAAAGCGGCGCGGCAGGGGGCUCGGGCGGUGGGAAUUCGCAGCAGCAGCAGCAGCAGCAGCAGCAGCAGCAGCAGCAGCCGGUGAGAAUUCAGGAUAUUAAGACGGAGAAUGGUACGUGCUCCUCGCCACCUCAGCCAUUGUCCCCCGCUGCGGCCGCUCUCGGCGGCGGUGGCAGUGCAGCGGUCCCUAAAAUCGAGAGCCCCGACAGUAGCAGCAGCAGCCUGUCCAGCGGCAGCAGUCCCCAUGGCAGUAUUCCUUCUAACCGGUCCAUGAGCCUAGACGGGGGGGAGCACACGCCGCAGCCGCAGCCGCAGCACACGCAGCAACAGCAGCAGCAGCACAGCCAAGGCUUCAGCGUGGACAACAUCAUGACCUCGCUUCGGGGCUCGCCGCAGGGCUCGUCUGCGGAGCUGAGCUCCAGCCUCCUGGCCUCCUCGGCCGCCGCUUCAUCCAGGACGGGCAUCCCCCCUUCCUUGUCGCUCAGCGGCUUCUCACCAGGACAGAGUUCCAUCUACAGCUCCCCGUGCAGCCAAAGCGCUAGCGCGGGCAGCGCCAGCGGCGGAGGUGGCGGCAGCACUGGCGGAGGAGGCGGCGGUGGCGGCGCUGGGGGAGCAGGGACCUACCACUGCAACAUGCAAGCCAUGAGCCUGUACGCGGCUGGGGAAAGGGCAGGUCACUUACAAGGUGGGCCCGGAGGCACGGGUAGCUCGGCAGUGGAUGAUCCCUUGCCCGACUACUCUCUGCCCCCGGUCACCAGCAGCAGUACGUCUUCCCUGAGUCAUGCCGGCCAGGAGCCGAGCCACCACCCGGCGGCCCACCAAGGGCGCCUGACGUCUUGGUACCUGAACCAGGCGGCCGGAGACCUGGGCCACUUGGCCAGUGCUGCCGCGGUCGCCGCGGCAGCGGGAUACCCAGCACAACAACAGAACUUCCACUCUGUGCGGGAGAUGUUUGAGUCGCAGAGGAUUGGCUUGAACAACUCUCCUGUGAAUGGGAACAGCAGCUGUCAAAUGGCCUUUCCUUCCAGCCAGUCGCUCUACCGCACGUCAGGGGCUUUUGUCUAUGACUGCAGCAAGUUCUGACCAAAACAGAGCAGGAAAAUAGCCCCCUCCCCCCAAAAAAUAUCCGAUCCGAAACCAAAAAAAAAACCCAAUUAAAAAACCCAAACUUUUAAACUCCACCUACAAACCAACAGAAUCUCUCCCAAAAUAAAGCCUACCCAAACCACCAGCACAAAGAAAACUGUAUUUUCUUAAUUAAUUUGAGAGCCACCUUGCCCUCCCUAAGUAAACCAAACUGUAAACUAUUUUGUACAGAGACAGCAAAAUCUUGGUUUAUUAAAGGACAGUGUUACUCCAGAUAACACGUAAGUUUCUUCUUGCUUUUCAGAGAUCGUUUUCCUUCCCCUUUAAUAUCUUCCAUUCUCCCCUCCACCUCCUCCCUCAACUGUCAUCCUUAAGAUAUUAUUUUAUCCUAUGUUUAAAGGGGGGGGAGGGAAUUCCCAUAUACUGCAGUUGCUUUCUUCCCCCCUCCAUGGACUUGUUUUAAAAUGUAAAUUGCAACAUAGUAAUUUAUUUUUAAUUUGUAGUGGGAUGUUGUGGACCAAACGCCAGAAAGUGUUUCCAAAACCUGACGUUAAAUUGCCUGAAACUUUGAAUUGUUUUUUUUCAUUAUAAAAGGGAAACUGUAUUAAUCUUAUUCUAUCAAUCAUUUUUUCUUUUUGUUGAACAUAUUCUGAAGGUAUUGCAUUGUUUGUUUAUUAAUAAAUUACCAUUCAAUUUGAAUGAGA